AUGUCCUUCGACUUCGUCUUCCCCUCGUGCGAACCCGCAACACCGCCAAGCUUCUCCUUCGACUCCUUCCCCUACGACCUCCCCUACCAGCAGCCCCAGCCGACAACGACAACAACACACUUUGCCGGUGGCCACGCCCGCUCCCGCUCAAACGGCUCCGUCUACUCCUACGUCUCCACCGCCGAGUCCACCCCGGACUCCGUGAGCACCCGCAUGACGACCCCGUCCCGCGCGUCCCCGCCCAUCCGGCAGCACGGGCCCCUGCUGCUCCCCAAGAUCCGCUCCCAGGACCAGGCCAUCGAGUCGCCCCCCGCCAAGCGCGCCAGGAUAUCUCCGAAGCCCCGCACCCCGGCUCCGGCCCCGCGCCGUAGCGUCGUCGCCGCCGCCGCCGCUGCCGCCUUCCGCCCCACCCACGCCCGGAGCUACACCAACCCGGAGACCCUCACCUGGAACAUGCCCUCCUCCUUCGUCAGCCAGCCCGAGGAGCCCUCCACCUCUUCCCUCCUCUGCUCCCCCGUCAUCUUCGCCGACGACAUGCACUCCCGCCGCGCCUCGACCUGCAGCCUGGACGCCCCCGCCCUCGAGAAGUACGGCUUCCCGACCUACCGCCAGAUGCCCGCAUACGUUCCCGCCGCCGCCUCCCCGGCGCCGCAGCCCGCCGCCCUACCCACCACCGAGGCCUACAUGUUCCCCUCCUACACCGCCGCCCCGCGCGCGCCCUCACCGUUGAGCAUCGCCUCCACCCCGGACCCGACCCCCAGCACCACCCUCAUGUCCUACCUCACCGGCCCCAACCCGGCCCCGUCCCUCGUCCGCACCAUCUCCUUCCCCCUCCGCGACCCCAACACCAAGCACUUCUGGUGGGACGUCCGCCAGAUCCGCCCCUGGACCGCCUUCAACCUCUCCACCGUGCUCUCCCUCCCCGGCGCCGCCUCCCUCCUCAACUGCCCCGUCCCGGCGCCCCUGCUCCCCCACCCGGCCCCCGCCGCCCGCCACCCCGAGACCGAGGCCGCUCUGCACGCCAUCUACGCCUCGCACUACCUCCCCAAGCUCAACGCCGCGCUCGCCAUCUCCAGCACUCGCCCCAUGCAACUGUCUUCUUCCUCUUCGUCAGGCAAGCAGACCUCAGAGCUGCUCUUCACCGCCUCCCCCGCCGGCGAACCCGCCUCCGCAGCCGCCAUCUUCGGCGGCAAGCCCACCGCCCGCGUCGUCGGCCUCGUGCGCUCCUUCGACCGCUUCAACACCGGCAUGCGCGUCGAGGGCGCCAUCAAGCGCGUCGAGUACCUCCGCGGCCUCGCCGCGCUGCACCACGCCAUGCGCGAGCACAGCUGCCGCUACGGCUUCAUCCUCACUGAGAUCGAGCUCGUGGUCGUCCGCAACGGCCCCGACGCCGUGCCCAACUUUGGCUUCCUCGAGGUCUCCUCCGUGCCGCUCGGCGCGUCUGUGAGUGAGGAGGAUGGCGACGUGCCGCUGACGGCGUGCCUGGCGCUCUGGGGCCUGUGCAUGAUGGCGGGCGAUGAUGCGCCGCAGGCGAGUGGGCUUGGUGUCGCGCACUGGAAGGCGGAGAUUGGUGCGCCCGCGGAGGGGACGAGGAGGAAGGCGCUGCCGAGGGAUGAGUGGAUGCCGAAGCCGCAGUUGGCGGAGAAGAGGGAGGCCAAGAGGGCGAGAGGGUGGAUUAUGCCCGAGGACCCUGUUGGACGGAAGGAGCUUGGUAAGAGGGGUGUAAGGUACGGUGCCUGCUAG